AUGGGGAAUGGUUGCCUAAAGGUUAGCUAUGGAAGAAGCUACUGCAAGCUACUGUUCCACUUGACAUUCAAGGACGUAUGUGAUUCAGAAUCCUCACUAUUGCAACGCUUGGAAAGUAAAAAUAUCUGCAGAGCAAUUGAGUUGCUGGAGAAAUUGCAGAGGAGUGGAGAAGUGCCACCGCAGAAACUACAGGCUCUGCAAAGGGUCCUUCAGAGUGAGUUCUGUAAUGCUGUAAGGGAGGUGUAUGAACACGUUUAUGAAACAGUGGACAUCAGCAGUAGCCCAGAAGUUAGAGCUAAUGCAACAGCAAAGGCCACUGUAGCUGCAUUUGCUGCCAGCGAGGGCCAUUCCCAUCCCAGAGUGGUCGAACUGCCCAAAACCGAGGAAGGUCUUGGAUUCAACAUCAUGGGAGGCAAAGAGCAGAAUUCCCCCAUCUACAUCUCCCGGAUCAUCCCAGGCGGCAUCGCUGACCGGCACGGAGGCCUGAAGCGGGGGGACCAGCUGCUUUCCGUGAACGGAGUGAGCGUUGAAGGUGAACACCAUGAAAAAGCAGUAGAACUGCUGAAGGCUGCUCAAGGGAAGGUCAAGCUAGUUGUACGAUACACACCGAAGGUUCUGGAAGAAAUGGAGUCAAGAUUUGAAAAAAUGAGAUCAGCAAAACGCAGGCAGCAAAACUAACUUCGUAUGUAAUAACUUAAAGAGGAAAACACAUCCUGGUUACAUUUUGUAGUUUGCUUUGUGACUCGGU